AUGACGUUCUCAGUGCCAGGCAGCCUAUGGCCAGCGUACACAAAGCCCCGCAGUGCUGUGGCCUACCCUUGGGGCUAUAUCCCUAGGCCUAUACCCCCGAGCCCUACCCCCGAGCCCUACCCCCGAGCCCUACCCCCGAGCCCUACCCCCGAGCCCUACCCCCGAGCCCUACCCCCGAGCCCUACCCCCGAGCCCUACCCCCGAGCCCUACCCCCGAGCCCUACCCCCGAGCCCUACCCCCGAGCCCUACCCCCGAGCCCUACCCCCGAGACCACGCCAGCCAUCCAGCCUCGUGCCAUGACAGGCCUCGAGUGCCUUACGCCGGGUUACACAGAGGCGAAAGUGCCGUAUUGA